UUGUUAGCUGAAUUAGACAUUCACAUUGCGACACACAAGGACAGAAUAACAAGUUAUGGUUUGAGACUAAAAAAUCAAAUAAAAAGGAAGAAACUGAGAAAGGAACAGAAAAAGUUGAAAAAGUUAAAGAAAGCAAUAAAAAAGGAAAAAGUGUUUGAAUUUGAUGUAGAAAUCAAACCCGAGGAUGGUUAUAUAGGUAACGUAAAAGCUGAACAAUUUAAGCCAGAACAUAAUGACAUUAUAAAUAAUGAUCAUCAAAAAACCAAUGCCUUGAUUAAUGGUGAAAAUGAAGUCAUAGAAAAUCAAUCAAAAAUUGAUAUCCCCUUGACGGAAGCGCAAUCUGACUGUAAAGAAAAAUCUAAGGAAAACAAUAAGAGAAAAAAUGACAAAGAUCAAACAGACUACAACAUAGAAAAGAUGUUCAAAUGUUUUGCUUGCCAAAAGCAGUUCAUGUUGAGCUAUUACUUAAAAUUACAUGUUAGAUCUCACACAGAUGAAAAACCCUACACAUGUGCUGAGUGUGGACAGUGCUUCAUAACGGCCAGCAAGUUGGGAAGGCAUACUAAAAGGAUCCAUUUGGCCAUUCGACAUCAAUGCAGAAUCUGCUACAAAUAUUUCUCCAGAUUUGAAUAUUUAACAAGGCAUUUUGAUAAAAAACACCCAGAGGAUAAAUUGGAAGGAGAGCCAUAUGAUUACAAUGCCAUCUUGCCAUAUCUUAAAGAAUUAGAGGAGCAGUUACAAGUGAAGUCCGAAGAAACAACAAAGACACAAGAUUUAAAACCAAAAUCAGACAACCUUUGGGACGAUUGGCCUUCAGAAGACCUUCAGACAGGUUGCAAAGCGGAGCAAAAUGAAGUUGUCGGGGAACCUUUGAUGCAAACAGAUAUUCAUAUAGCCGAUGAGAGAAAAAUCAUAGAUUUGAACCGUCCGACAGAUGAAGAUGGAUCAAAUAAAGAAUUUAGUGUGGAUGUAGAAGUAAAGAAGGAAGAUGAAGAUUAUAAUGAGAUGGACAAUGAUGAAGUUGGUAAAGACGACAGUGUGAAGGAUGAUAGCUUCUCUGACGAGGACUACUUUCCCUCAAACACAUGGGCAGCCACACCAAAAAUGGAGAGUGACCCACCAUCAACGGUCACGCAGAAGCGGCAAAAGCAAGACGGUCCCAUCAAAUGUGAAGUCUGCGAGAAAUCAAUCAGUUCUCUGUCCUACCUGAGGAUCCACAUGAGGACACACACCGGGGAGAAGCCGUUCAAAUGUUACAUUUGUAACCGAGGGUUCAUCACGUCAAGCAAGAUGCACAGACAUGUGCUUACUCAUUCGGAAACAUGGGAUGAAACGUCGAAUCUCAAAGAGGAGGUCAAAUCUGAACUAGAUUCGGACACGGUUAAGAAAAAGAAAAAACGCUCCAAAGAAUCCUCAACGAAGAAGGCAAAGGCGAAGUUCUUGAAGAAGUCUAAGCGCAGCACAGCUGAGAAACAGAAGAAGCGUCACCAGAAACGGCCGCACGCCUGCGAGUACUGUCAGAAGCGGUUCCUACACCUGGAAACCCUUCAGGUUCACAAGAAGUCGCACGAAGGUGAAGAGCUGGUGUUCAAAUGCCACUUCUGCUUGAUCAAAGUGGACGACGCUGAAAGCCUUAAGGAGCAUGAGGCGACACAUGAGGGUCCGAAACCCUAUUUGUGUACAUUGUGUGGGAAGACCUAUAAGAAACGGGAGACUAUGAUGUACCACCGGAAGCACCACAUACCAGAGAGGGAGUACGUGUGCGACAUGUGCCCGAAGAGCUUCACGUCCCCAUGCAAGUUGCAGAAGCACAUCGCCGCCCACAAAACAGACAAAUACGUUCUCCGCUACGAGUGUCCAGUUUGUGCUCACAUGUUCAACACCAGAUAUCAUAUCAAUAUGCACCUCGUCACCCACCAGAAGGAAGGCCUAAUCGUCGAGGAAAACCGCAGCGAAAUUCUCGCAAUGGUACUCCAAAACGCGCGCAGGAUUCCGAAAAAUCCGGACGCGACCGGAAACAUGACUGACAAAGUGCUGCCCGACGAGCAGAGCCGGAUGUGCAACAUAUGCGGCCAGGUGUUCCAGCAUUUCUACUAUCUAGAGGAGCACCUAAAGAGCCAUGGCUCGAAGAUCGCCCUAGAAGACGAAGGGAAGACGGAAGAGAAGAAGCACGUGUGCCAGGUCUGCAACAAGAGUUUCAAAUUGCAUUAUUACUUGAAACUGCACAGUUUCACUCACACGAAGGAGAAACCAUACAUAUGUCAGCAGUGUGGGAAAGGUUUCAUUACCCGGGGCAAGUUGAAGAGGCAUCUGGAAACGCAUACGGGCUUGAAGAAAUACCAAUGUCAUAUAUGCUAUAAGUUCUUUACCAGACCGAGUUACCUCAGGAUCCAUGUACGGACCAUACAUGGCCCCCAAGAUUUCAGGUUGAACAAGCAGUUCGAGGUUGACAGUUUAAAGGAGUCCGGUUAG